AUGAAUUGGUCGAUCCUUCUGGUGUGCCUGGUCAGCGUGACGAGCUGUCGGGCUGCGAGCCUGGAGCCACAGGAGAAAGAAAAGGGCUUCCUCGACUGGGUCAGCAAUCUGCUGGGCGGCACCAGUACCACUGCCAGUCCUAUUAUAGCACAUGAUCCUCCCGCCAACUGCCCUGCUUGUCAAUGCGGUAUAGCGCGGACCAAGCGUCGGAUAGUCGGUGGUUACGAGACCAAAGAGCGCGAGUAUCCCUGGAUGGCGAUGCUUAUGUACAACGGACGUUUCUUCUGUGGAGCGUCUCUGAUUAAUGACCUGUAUAUCCUCACUGCUGCUCAUUGUACUGGCUACCGCAAGGAGCGUCUCACAGUGCGCUUAUUGGAACACGACACGACCAACCGCAAUGAGACAAAGACCAUUGACAGGAAGGUCUCGGCGGUUAUACGUCACCAGCGUUACAACCCUGGCACUUAUGACAACGAUAUAGCUCUCAUGAGGCUUGAUGAAAGGCUGGAUUUAAGCAGCGCAAUAAAGCGAGUGCGCAGAGAUGGAGACGCCACGACUGAAGCCAGUUCUAGCAGCACCACUGAAGAACCCUCCACUGCGGCCCCAGAAGUUGAUGACGUCAGAGUGCGGCCUGUCUGCCUGCCCACCCCUGGACUGUCUUAUACCCGCCAGUGCGGUGUCGUCAUUGGUUGGGGGGUUACUGAUGAAGGAGGUUCCAUUUCUAAUACUUUACAAGAGGUGAAAGUGCCAAUAGUAUCAAACGCUGAAUGCAAGGACCGUUCAUACGGCAGACGAGUGACUGACAACAUGAUGUGUGCGGGCGAGCCUGAUGGCGGCCGUGACGCUUGCCAGGGUGACUCCGGCGGACCGCUACAUGUGUUCAACGAGACCACUGAGAAGUAUCAGGAAGUCGGUGUGGUGUCUUGGGGCGAAGGUUGUGCCAGACCAGACAAAUACGGAGUGUACUCCAGGGUGAACCGAUACCUGACGUGGAUCAAGAGCAACACGGCCGAUGCCUGCUACUGCGACUGAACACGAAAACUUUACUUCUGAAAGUGACGCGACAAAGUUAUGAAUAAAAUUCUAAUUCACUCUGGUUUACACUCUCGCCUCGCGCCUCGCCUCGUACCUCGUCUAGCAGCUCGCGAGGUAGCGAGUGCCCGUUUACACUCUCGUGCCUUCGGUUUGCGUUGAACCAGCAACGCUCCGAGGCGAGCGCCGCGAGUGGCGAGGCGAGGCGCGAGGAAGCGUUUACACUCUCCCCUCGCGGCUCGCCUCGCCACUCGCGCGAGAUUGUAAAAGGAUUACCUAUGAAUUGGACGUUUCGUGUACCUACCGCAGCGGUGUUGGCACCGCACACGCUUUAUAAGUCACACGGUUGCCGCAACGCACAUUUGGUAUCAAAACCAGUGAGCAUCCGUUUGCAGAACGACAAACGCAUCGUUGCCACAUCGCAGCUAUCCGACACGAAGCUUCCAAUUCAAAAUGUUCAAGUUAUCAAAAUAAAAAUGCCAUAUUGGCGUACCGGACCAUGACAAAAUGUUCUAUAAAACGGUCCCCUAUCAUGACUACUUAAUCUUCAGAUCGUCUUACGAUAAACUUCGACUUUUCACAAGUUUCCAAAUUAUUUUCUUUGUUGCAUCAUCGAGUAUUGCUCCACAUGCUAUGACUAUUACGUGACAUUCACAUAUUUCUGCGUUAUCGAAUCUUGAAUAACGAAAAUCGUAUUAGGUACCUAGUACUUUGUAGAAUAAGCUACCAUCCACAAUAUGCAUUUACUGCACCUAAACAUUCUUAAAAAAAAUACCAAACUAUGUUCUACAAGUUUAUUUUUCUUCAUGUCCAUUUAAGAUGUGAAUUUUUAUACGAGAUUCUCUAAGCAGAAUUAAUUGCUAUGAAGCCAAUUUCAGGGGUUUUCAAAUCAUUGCUUAUAUUUUUGUAACUUUGUCACCUGACUUUCCUUUAUGUUUUAAUUAAGCACUCUGAAUUUACAAUUAAUUAGUAUUUAUUUAAUAAAUUAUGU